AUGCAAUUUUAUGUUUUAGGAUUCUUCGGCAUAGAUUGCGGAGCUGAUCCAGGUUUGAACUAUACCGAUUUAGGAUUUGGUAUAAAUUAUGUUUCGGACGCAAAUUUCAUAAAUACUGGUUUGAUUGGGAAUAUAUCAUCUGAAGCGCUCAUCGGCACAAAAAAUCAACGGCAACUGCGGUGGCUUCGAAGCUUCCCAGACGGGAAAAGGAACUGUUACAAAAUAAAUGUCACAGGAGGCUCUAAGUAUUUCAUCCGCACUGUUUUUCUGUACGGAAAUUAUGAUGGCCGAAAUAUGUUACCACAGUUUGAUCUUCUUCUCGGACCUAACCACUGGGUUACAGUCACUAUAUUCAAUGCAUCCAAGGACCAAUUCAAGGAGAUCAUUCAUGUACCUUCAAUGGAUUAUGUGCAAAUCUGUCAGGUUGACACAGGCAAUGGCACACCAUUUAUAUCAGUCAUUGAAUUGAGGACCUUGAAAAAUGAUACAUACGUCACUCAAUUCGGAUCAUUGGAAUUUUACCUGCGCUGCGAUUUGGGUUCAAACACAAGCUACAGUUACCCGGAUGAUGUUUAUGAUCGUUACUGGUAUGAUCGUUCUUUCUGGAACGCCUGUAACUUCGGCGAAAAUUGGAAACCACUAAAUGCCUCCAUUCCCGAUGAUUCUUUAAAUGAGAAUGAUUACAAGCCGGGAGCAACUAUCAUGAGCACCGCAGUCACACCAGCAAAUGAUAGUGCUCCGUUGGUAAUAAGGUGGGAACCACAACAUGAAACUGACCAAUUCUAUGUGCACAUGUACUUCACGGAAAUUCAAGUGUUGACCACGAAUCAGACAAGACAAUUCAACAUCAUGAUAAACGCUGAAUCAUGGUUUCCAAAUUGUUCUCCAGUGUACCAUGAUUGGCUUACUAUAUCUUCGACGUCAGCCAUCAGUGGGAAAGAACUUAAAUUUUCACUGGAGAGGACUGAAAAUUCAACCCUACCUCCCAUCAUCAGUGGCAUUGAAAUUUACAAUAUAACAAAGUAA